AUGGCAAUUUUUGAACACAACUUUGAGUUAUCAAUUAUUGAUAAGACAUUAAAGUGCAUACCGAAGAGAUUAUCAGUCAAUGUCAAGGACUUUCGAUUUGAACAGCAUAAACCUGAAGUUUAUGACAGUAAGGCAUCGAUUGUGAUUAUGAUUGCUGAUAAAAUUGACAUGCUCAAAUUCAGGAAGAUCAUGACUGAUAAGCGGCUAUCAUCAAUACUACAUCACAUGGCAAAGUUCCUUAUCGUCACAUCAACCAGAAACAGCCAACUAGGACAAGUCGCAUCGAAAUUCUUUCCUAAAGUUGGCAUCUUCAAUUUCGGUCUAGUAUAUGAGAAGGAUGAAGACAUUUUUGUGGAAGUUUCAAACCAUUUCACAAACUCAACUGCUAUCUUAAAUGCAACGUCACUGUCGGCUUCUAGGAAGAAUCCUUGGAAAGGCAUCUCAAGCAAGAUUUUUCCUGACAAACUGAAGAACCUCAAUGGCUACACCUAUCGCAUUGCUUAUCAUCACGGAAUGUCCUACGCUCAUUAUAUUCCCGAAAAUGAGAAACUUGUUGCCAAGAAUCAAAACUUUUUCAAAUCUGUCGCUGACCUUCAAAAUGCCACAUUAGAAUUCAUUCUUAUAAUGGCAACUGAGCAGCAUGAUAUUCAACCAGUUAUGGAGAAUUUAAUACUUAAUCAAAAAAUGGAUGUUACUAUCAGUGAAUCAAGGUUGACUCCUCCGAAUACUUCAAAAAUCUUCACUUACGAUGAAAUUGCAGUUUGUGCUAUGAUUCCAAAAAGCUUGAAAAUUGAAAUUGCUGGAUUGAAAUUAAUCGAUUUCCGAAAGAAUUACACAAGAAAAUUAUUGACAAUUUUGCUUGUUUCUAGUUUCAUGAUUGUUUGGCGACUGUACAAAAAUCGAGGAGCAGUGGAUUCUACAUGGAGAAUUGCUUUUGUCGGAUUUGCUCACUUCACUGGACAUCACAUAAAAAUUAGUCGAAAUAAUCGUCGAAUUUUGUUGAUUUUACUUCAAACUGCUUUAUUUAUGGCGAUUUUUAUCAAAAACUUUUAUGAAUGCCACAUUUCGUCGAUAGCCAUAAAUAGAAAAGUUGAUGCAAAAUUCGAAAGCAUUGAGGAGAUUCUCCAGUAUGGAAAAAUACAAAUGGCUGUAGAUGAAAGUGUAAAUGAUGUUUUAAAAGAUUUUGCCGAAUAUCAGGAACAAGUGGAGAAAGGUUUUCUGGAUAUUGCUUACAAAUAUGGAGAUAAGAUCGAAAUAAUUGAUGAGUAUGUUGCAGCUAGAAUUGCAUUCACCAAAUGUGACUACCUUGAUCAUUAUAUUCGAGCUUCUAAAUCCGUAGCUCAUUAUAUGCUACCACAGCGAUUCUAUGUACGAUUUCUUGCACUUGAUGUUCCAUUAUUGAGUCCAUUUGCAGCGCGACUUCAAAAUAUCCUGUCUCAUGCGUUUGACUCAGGAUUAACACAAAAAUGGGAGACAAUUUACCUAACAGAGCUCUUUGACACCAAAAACAGCAAUUUAAAGCUUUACGAAGCUAAGGACGAGCAUGGAGAAUUUAUUACAUUCAGAGAAUUUAAAAAACCUCUCAAAAUCAUAUUCGGAUUAUAUUCCAUUGCCACAUUUGUGUUUCUGUCCUUCAAUAUGGACGCAACAUUGCUUUACAUUGUAGCAUUCUACGCAAUUCUAGUUUUGAAAGUCAAUUGCGAUGAAACUUUGAGAAAAUUAAAGAUCAUCAACGGCUCAAAAGUAACAAAAUUUAUCUGCGAUGCAGUUGAGGAUACAUACAUGAAGAAUCAACAAAUUAGCACAGUCUACAUGGCAAUCUUCAAGAACAAAAUUGAGUCAUCAUUAAUCGAUGAAACAAUAAAGUGCAUUCCAAAGAGAUUGUCAGUCAUUGUUACAGAUUUCCGAUCUGAUCAUCAAAAGCUUGAUAAAGGCAACAGGAAGGCAUCGAUUGUGAUUGUGAUUGCUGAUCAAACAAACACGGUGAGGAUAGUCUUGAACAGCCAAACAGCACGGAUUGUAUCGAAAUUUCUUCCUAAAGUUGGCUUCAUCAAUUUCUGUCUGGUAUAUGAGAAGGAUGAAGAAGUUUUUGUGGAAGUUUCAAACCAUUUCACAAACUCAACUGUCAUCUUAAACGGAACAUCACUAGCUUCUUCUAGAAAUAAUCUUUUUAAAGGCAUCUCAAGCAAAAUUUUUCCUGACAAGCUAAAGAACCUCAAUGGCUACACAUUCAACAUUGCUUAUCAUCCAGGAAUGUCCAAUGCGCAUUAUAUUCACGACAAACAAAAUCUUAUUGCAAAAAAUCGAUACUUUUUCGAUGUGGUAGCUGCAACUCUAAAUGGCAACGUCAGUUACUUAAUUUUUAACAGAACUUCGCCAGAUCUACUUGAGACUAAAUUAACAAAAAUGCUUCAUAAGCGUCAAAUUGAUGCCACUUUAAGUGAAUCAAUGUUGUCUGAUCAAUUAUCUGAAAGCAUAUGGACAUAUGAUGGAAAUGCCAUCUGUGCAAUGAUUCCACACAGCAUAAAUCGUGAAAAUUUUGUAAUGAAUUUCAGUAUAUUUUGGAAAGAUAAUAUGGGAAGGCUUUACCUAAUUUCUUUAUUCUUGUUAACUUUCUUAGUUUGGAGAUUAUAUAAAGGACGUGGUGCUGCUGACUCAAUCACAAAUAUAAUGUUCGUCAUGUAUGCUUAUUACACUGGACAUCAUACGAGAACGAGUCCCAACAAUCGAUUUAUAUUGAAAUUGUUGCUUCAAAUCAUUUCCAUUGCCAUGCUUGUCAUUAGAAUUUUUUCUGAAUGUGAAAUAACUUCGACUGCAAUUGAUGUUAAGUCUGCAAAACAAUUUAAUUCUAUCGACGAUGUACUAAGACACUGUGGAUUAAGCAUAGUCAUUAGUUCAAGUGCUAAGCAGCUUUUAUCAUAUUUAAAGAAUCAGACAACAGACACAAAUCAGGGAAGUUACACUAUUAAAAAUGUAUAUCGUAGAGUAGACAGAGAGAUUCGGGGAUAUGCAGCAGAUGAAGUUGUCAUUUCUAAAUGUGACUUUUUAGAUCAUUACAUAAGAGGUUCAAGUUUUAGCACACAUUAUAUCCUUCCGCAACGAUUCUUUUCACAUUUUAUCAAGCUUGAUGUUGGCCAUUUGAGUCCAUUUACAGAACGAUUUCAAAACAUGAUGAACCAUGCUUUCGACACUGGAUUGACUCAAAAGUGGGAGAAAUAUUACCUAACUGAUAUGUUUGGAAGUAGAAACGAGAAUCUGAGAAGCUACACGGAUAGCGAAUCUUAUGAACAUUUAAUUGGGUUCGAACAACUUAAGAGGCUUUUCGAGCUAAUGAUUGGAAUCUAUGGAGCAGCAAGUGUUGUUUUACUUUGUGAGAUAUUUUGGCAUAGUUUUUUGAGGAGGUUAUCAUGGAGAUUAGUAUUGAAAAUUUUCAGAAGGUGUCAAAGAGAUGGACUGAUAAAAUCGGAAUCUGUUGCAAGAAUUCAUCAUUUUUUGAGGCAACGAAGAGUCAUGAAUGCAAGGAUGAUUCAGGUUCGACCUAUUGAGACUUAA